ACGGCCUCGGAAUCAUAGAGACAUAUUUCUACCCAUUGACACUCCGCUACGUAUCAGCACUACUCGCUACAGCAGACAUAUCCCACCAUGGACCACGCCAUCGAUCUGUCCGACCCAGAGAAGGCCCUCUCCCUCUCCAACAUCCGCUACCAGCUCAUCCGUCUCGAAGACACAGUCAUCUUCCACCUGAUCGAGCGCGCCCAAUUCCCCCUCAACGAAGCGAUCUACGCCCCAGGCGCUAUAUCGCUCCCAGGCAGCAACCUGAGUUUUUCAGACUGGGUCCUCCGCGAACAAGAGCGCACACAAUCUCGCAUCCGCCGCUACCAGUCCCCAGACGAAUAUCCCUUCUUCCCAGACGCCCUAGAAGAAGUUAUCCUCCCGCCCCUAGAAUACCCCAAAAUCCUCUGGAAGAACGACAUUACAAUAAACUCAGAACUAAAGAAACGCUACGUGGAACAAAUACUACCCAACGUCUGCCCGCAACGCGAACGUGCCGAGAAGUCACCCCUCUCCGCUCAGGAAAACUAUGGCUCCGCUGCUACGGCCGAUGUCUCCUGUCUACAAUCUCUAUCCCGUAGAAUACACUUUGGCAAGUUCGUCGCCGAGUCUAAAUUCCGCGAGGACCCCGAGAAAUUUGUAAAAUUGAUCAAAGCGGCGGAUCGCAAAGGCAUCGAUGAAGCGAUCACGAAUGCGAAGGUUGAAGAACAGGUCCUGAAAAGACUAAGAACGAAAGCCGAAAUGUACGGGAAUGAUCCCAUGUUGGACCAGGAUGCACCGAAGAAGAUCCCUGUGGAAGCUGUGGUGGCCAUGUAUAAGGAUCAUGUUAUCCCUUUGACGAAGAUCGUUGAAGUGGAGUAUUUGAUGCAGAGGUUACAAGGGACAGAGUGGGAAUGAGGACUGAUCUUUCGGGGAGGACUCGAGAUAAAAGUCCUCAGAUGAAUGUGUUUGUCUUUGCGUUUCAGCGAGCUGUAGUGGCAGGUAGAUCUGGGAAUGAUACCCAUACAUCGGAAUGAAGACGGAGCUGUGCUUAAGGGGGGAUAAAAAUCUCACGGGCUAGUAGAGCUCUACACUUCUCUGCAGCCGCUGCUAGACGAAUCAAACUGGGCAGGCAUCUGCCGUCC